UCAGGGUUGUACCGUCUUUCGUAAACAGCAGGAUUAUGAAAGCAUGAUCAGCGGCUGCGACACAAACACACUCAUGGCCGAGGUUUCAUGGCUUAUUUAGGACCUCGGCUGCGACCGUUACGCAUCGUGGUGCCUGGUGUGUCCGUGUUCAGACGCCUCGGCUCGGGCGGGAUGGAGAACAUGGGUCUGACGGUGAGUCGCUCCCCGCUGGAGCGUCUGGACUUUGACAACGCCGCCCUGAGGAAACUUCCCGUGGACCCGUCGGAGGACACCGGCGUGCGGCAGGUGAAGGGAGCAUGUUUCGCGCGGGUGAAGCCGACGCCGCUGACCCGGCCUCGCUUCGCCGCCUUGUCGCAGGACGCCCUGGCGCUGCUGGGGCUCAGCGUGGAGGAGGUCACCGACGACCCUCUCGGAGCGGAGUAUCUGAGCGGCUCUAAGGUGAUGCCCGGCUCCGAGCCCGUCGCCCACUGCUACUGCGGUCACCAGUUCGGACAGUUCGCCGGGCAGCUGGGCGACGGGGCGGCCUGUUACCUGGGGGAGGUGAAGGUGCCUCCCGGCCAGGACCCGGAGCUGCUGCGGGAAAACCCAAGCGGCCGGUGGGAGAUUCAGGUGAAGGGAGCAGGGCUGACUCCUUUCUCCAGACAGGCUGAUGGCCGUAAGGUUCUGCGCUCCAGUAUCAGAGAGUUCCUCUGCAGUGAGGCCAUGUUCUUCCUGGGUGUGCCCACCACCAGAGCUGGCUCCGUGGUGACCUCUGACAGCAAGGUGGUACGGGACGUGUACUACAGCGGCAACCCGCGCCAGGAGAGAUGCUCGGUGGUUCUCCGCAUCGCACCCACCUUCCUCAGGUUUGGAUCCUUUGAGAUCUUCAAGCGGGCCGACGAGUCCACGGGGCGUCAGGGUCCCAGCUAUGGACGCGAUGAGCUCCGAGGUCAGAUGUUGGAUUACGUCAUUGAGAUGUUUUACCCUGAGAUCCAGCAGAAUAACCCCGACCGAGUGGAGAGGAACGUGGCUUUCUUCAGAGAGGUGAUGCUUCGUACAGCUCGACUCGUGGCUCAGUGGCAGUGUGUAGGUUUCUGUCAUGGAGUCCUGAACACCGACAACAUGAGUAUCCUGGGAGUCACCCUUGACUAUGGUCCUUAUGGCUUUAUGGACAGGUUUGAUCCAGAUUUCAUUUGCAACGCCUCCGACAACUCGGGCCGUUACUCGUACCAGGCCCAGCCGGCGAUCUGCAGGUGGAACCUGGUGAAGCUAGCAGAGGCUCUGGCCCCAGAGCUGCCACCGGACCGGGCCGAGGCUGUCAUGGACGAGUACCUGGAUCUGUACAACGGCUUCUACCUGGAGAACAUGAGGAAGAAACUGGGCUUUUUGAAGAAGGAGGAGCCGGAGGAUGAACUUCUGAUCACCGAGUUGCUGCAGACUAUGCACAAUACAGGCGCCGACUUCACGAAUGCGUUCCGCAGCUUGAGUCAGAUUUCCUGUCCCACUGAGGGUGAAGCAGAAGGAGAAGAGGAGCUGGUGAAGAAGGCAGCAGAACUCCUGCUGGAGCAGUGCGCCUCCUUAGAGGAGCUCAAGGCCGCAAACAAACCGACGAUGGAUACACGGGAGCUGGCGAUGCUGCUCUCCAUGGCUCAGAGCAACCCAGCGCUGUUCCAGAUGAUCUCAGACACGACGACAUUAGCGCGGCAGUUGGAGAAACUCAGCCGACUGAAAGACCUGAUGGAGACGAGCCGGGAGGAGCUGAGGGUCAAACAGGCCGAGGACUGGACUCGCUGGAUCGCAGGCUACAGGAAGCGUCUGGCUCGCGAGCUGGAGGGGCAGAGCGACGUGCGGGCCGCCCAGGAGGAGAGGGGGAGAGUGAUGGACGGGGCCAACCCCCGAGUGGUUCUCAGGAACUACAUCGCCCAGAAUGCAAUCGAGGCUGCAGAGAGCGGGGACUUUUCUGAGGUCCAGCGGGUCCUCAAGGUUCUCGAGAAGCCUUUCUCUUCACAGCCAGGUCUGGAGCUUCCUGCGUGGGCGGGCGGAGGCGGCGGCGCUGCCGAGCGAGCGGAGAGCGACGAGGAAGAGGAGCAUCGGCAAGAAGCUCCAUCUUCAUCCUUAGCCAGAGAUCCUGUUCCCUACGACAGCAAACCUCCCACUUGGGCUAAUGAACUCUGCGUCACAUGAUCUUCGUAGUAACUUUCCUGAUUAUCAGCUUGUCUGCCUGAAAUGAAGAGAGUUUAUUAUGGUUUUACUUUGAAUGUCUCUCCCCUCUCUUCCAGUCACUGUACAGCUCUCUCUUUCAUUGGCAGGCAGCAUCAGGGAAGUUAGCAUGAGGCACGACGCACCACAGGAUUCCUCGUUGAUACAAAACAAACAGGGACUGAGCUGACUUUUGUUAAAACACAUACAAUUGCAAACAUGCCAUUCCUGGUGCGAUGGCUUCACAUUUCUGAAAAAAACAGGAUGUUGUGAUGGAGUUAAACAAUCGAACACAUCUUAAUCUUAGGGAUUACAUUGACUAGGGUUUGGCAAAAUGGAAGAAAGAAAAGCAGCCUCAGCUCGUUCCCUGUCUGUGAAGUGUUUAGUUGGGUAUUAAUGACGAGUCAGACAACAAGUCCUACAGGGACCUGUCUGGUUCUGAUGACCUGUGGGGUGUCACCUCAACAUAUACCAAUUAAUAUGAUGUAUACAGUAUGCGUGUGGGUGAAAGAUGAUGUUUGAAGUGUGUUUGUGGUUGAAAGGGAAUUACUGCACUUGAUCCUUUAAGCCGCAGAAGAUAAAACGCACAAUAUAUUCUCCUAUAAUUGUAAACACCACGACUGGCAUUGAACAGAACCACGACUGGCAUUGAACAGAACCACAAAUAUGAAUUUGGUUGUUUAAUCUCACGUUAAGUGAACAUCGCAACAACAGUUGAGAGAUAGAUGCACAUGCACAUUGUAUUGUGGUGGUGACAAGACAAACUGUUAGAGGAAGUUUAUUAACAACGUGUUAUAAAUGUGAUGUUAUCCAGAGGGAGAUUAUAGAUAAGGGAAGAAACACCCAGCACCACUUGUGCUAACUCUUACCCUUUUGAAUCCGGAUCAAUCUGUUGGUUUGGAAUAUGACUUUUAGAUCUGGCAUAAAAACUUUCACGUAACCAAUGACAGGAAUGGACAUGAAAUGAGAUUUUAAUUUUGCUUAAGUGUGAAAUACAACUUGUAGCGCUUCCUCAGCUACUGCUUUAACCCAUCUUAAUAAACAUAGCAAUGUGUAA